AAAAAUAAAAACGAAGAAACAAAACAAAUCUUACAACAAAAAGAUCGAAUUUUUGCUGUGAAAAUGGCAAUGUCUGUGAAUGUUUCUUCUUCUGGGAUCAUAAACUCUGGUUUCUCUCGUUCCAGUGCUUUAUCGGAGCCAAAAGUUUCGCAAAUCGGUUCGUUGAGGUUAUUGGAUCGUGUUCAUGUUGCUCCGGUGUCUCUGAAUCUAGCUGAGAAGCGAUCAUCAUCUGUUAAGCCUUUAAACGCUGAACCAAAGACAAAGGAUUCAAUGAUUCCUCUUGCAGCAACAAUGGUAGCAGAAAUUGCAGAGGAAGUUGAAGUAGUUGAGAUUGAGGAUUUUGAAGAGCUUGCAAAGAAGUUAGAGAAUGCUUCACCUCUUGAGAUUAUGGAUAAAGCUCUUGAGAAAUACGGGAAUGAUAUUGCUAUUGCAUUUAGUGGUGCAGAAGAUGUUGCUCUUAUUGAGUAUGCUCAUUUAACUGGGAGGCCGUUUAGGGUAUUUAGUUUGGAUACAGGGAGAUUGAAUCCCGAGACGUAUCGGUUUUUCGAUGCGGUGGAGAAACACUAUGGGAUUAGAAUUGAGUAUAUGUUUCCUGAUUCUGUUGAGGUUCAAGGUUUGGUUAGGAGCAAGGGAUUGUUCUCUUUCUAUGAGGAUGGUCAUCAAGAGUGUUGCCGUGUUCGAAAGGUGAGACCUUUGAGACGUGCUCUUAAGGGCUUAAAGGCUUGGAUUACUGGUCAGAGGAAAGAUCAGUCUCCAGGAACGAGGUCUGAGAUUCCGGUGGUUCAGGUUGAUCCUGUGUUUGAAGGUUUGGAUGGUGGAGUUGGUAGUUUGGUGAAGUGGAAUCCGGUUGCGAAUGUUGAAGGGAAUGAUGUUUGGAACUUCUUGAGGACUAUGGAUGUUCCGGUUAACACAUUGCACGCAGCAGGGUAUAUAUCGAUUGGAUGUGAGCCCUGCACGAAAGCGGUUUUACCGGGCCAGCACGAGAGGGAAGGGAGAUGGUGGUGGGAAGAUGCUAAAGCUAAGGAAUGUGGGCUUCACAAAGGGAAUGUCAAGGAAAACACCGCUGAUGCUAAUGUAAACGGGGAAUCGAAAUCCGCUGUUGCAGAUAUCUUUAAGAGUGAGAAUCUUGUAACUUUGAGCAGGCAAGGGAUUGAGAAUUUGAUGAAGUUGGAGAACCGUAAAGAGCCUUGGAUCGUUGUGCUUUAUGCUCCGUGGUGCCCCUUUUGUCAAGCCAUGGAAGCAUCGUAUGAUGAAUUGGCGGAUAAGUUGGCUGGAAGUGGGAUUAAGGUUGCGAAAUUCAGAGCAGAUGGUGACCAGAAGGAUUUUGCUAAGCAGGAAUUGCAGCUCGGUAGCUUCCCAACCAUACUUGUCUUUCCCAAGAACUCAUCAAGACCGAUCAAGUAUCCGUCUGAGAAGAGAGAUGUCGAUUCUUUGACAUCGUUCUUGAAUCUAGUCCGAUAAAGAAACCACAAAACCAGUCGACAUUUCUAUGAGGAAUAAGAAGUAUUUCUUCAUCUCGUUCCAGAUUGCUAGAACAGAUGAAGUUGGUGUUUGGAGAAUCAGUUCAAAGCUUUAUAGAUCACAGAGUCAGAGAUAAGCUCUGCAACAAAGCUUGUGUAAUUGCAGUAUUGUAAGAUUAUAAGUUGCAAUAGUGUUGAUUCUUCAUGUAAAUGUGUGGUUAUUAGUAAAAUCAAGCCCCUGUU